GGAAAGACCCCACGUCCCAUUGUUGUGGCAAAGGAAGCGGUCGGCUUCCCCGGUGCCCCGCGCCAUGGUGGAGACCUUGGCGGUGACGCGGAACCUCUUCGCGCUGCUGGCGCUGUCCACCAUCCCCGGCUCGGUCUACAUUUAUGGCUGGUCGGGUGUGGCCGUGAGCCUGGGCUGGGGCGUGCUGGGCGCACUGGUGGGGGUCUACGGGCUCAUGAAGGGCCUCAAGUGGCGGAAUCCCAAGAUGAAGCUGGGAGGAGGCAUCGAUGUGUCGCUGCCCAAGUAUGUGCUUCUCUUUGCGCUCACAGGCGCCGCCGCCUUCGCAGUGGAGAGCUCUCUGGCGGCGCUGGAGAAAGAUGACCCGGGGAAGCGGGUGUCCCUGAUGACAGGAGCCAACCUCGUGGUCUUCCUAGUCGCCAGUGGCCUGGGCUUCACCAUCAAAGCUGAGACGGAUUGAUGGGUGCCGGCAAUGGGAGUUGGGCGUCGUUUUUGUUAGGCUUGAUUUCAGAAAUGGCUGUGGGUCAAAAGUAAUGG